AAUGCAAUUCUCUGCUCUGUCUGUGCGGGGAAUGUGGCGCGAGAGACCCAGGCAACCCUGUGUACAUAUAAACUUCUGCCUGUAAAAUAAUCAAUAAAUAGUUUUCUGACGUCUCUUUAACCAGCAUUUGUGGAAUUUUGCUGUUUUGGACUAAACGCCCACCGGAAGUACCGUUCAACAAGGUGAAAAUGCCUCGCAGACGACAGGUACGAACAAAUAGACAUAUGCCAGGGAGUGGUUCAGAUGGGACUGAAGACUCGGACUCCUCUGCUGAGAGAGAGCAAACCAAUAGUUCAGAAAGUGAUGGGAACAUGCACAAGAGACAGCGCCUCACCAGAGCCUCUACUCGCCUUAGCCAAAGCUCUCAGGAUACUCCAGACUUGAAGCGAGCCGCAGACCACGAUGAGUCUCCACCCCUGACGCCAACUGGAAAUGCCCCCUCCUCUGAAUCUGAGCUGGACAUCUCCAGCCCUAAUGCCUCGCACGAUGAGAGCCAGUCCAAAGACCAAGCCAACAGAGACUCAGAUAAGGAUCUCUCCCAUCGACCCAAGCGCCGCCGCUGUCAUGAGACCUACAACUUUAACAUGAAAUGUCCUACGCCGGGAUGCAAUUCACUCGGUCACCUCACAGGGAAACAUGAGCGUCAUUUUGCUGUAUCAGGCUGCCCUCUUUACCACAAUCUCUCUGCUGAUGAAUGCAAAGUCAAAGCCGUCAGCCGUGAGAAACAAGAAGAGGAGGUGAAGGUGCAGGAAGAAAGCAACUCUCGCCACGCAACUCGACACCAGACGCCAACAUCAAAACAGAGCAAAUACAAAGAGCAGGUGGCUGAGAUGAGGAAAGGGCGAAACUCUGGCCUUCAGAAGGAACAGAAAGAGAAGCACAUGGAGCAUCGGCAGACACACGGCAACACAAGAGAGCCUCUGCUGGAGAACAUCACCAGCGAUUAUGACCUGGAGCUCUUCAGGAAAGCCCAGGCUCGUGCAUCUGAAGAUCUGGAAAAGCUGCGUAUCCAGGGUCAGAUCACCGAGGGCAGCAACAUGAUCAAGACCAUCCUGUUUGGCCGCUACGAGCUGGACACCUGGUACCACUCACCCUAUCCUGAGGAGUAUGCACGUCUGGGUCGCCUUUACGUCUGUGAAUUCUGCCUCAAGUACAUGAAGAGCCAGACCAUCCUCAGGCGACACAUGGCCAAGUGUGUGUGGAAGCAUCCUCCAGGAGACGAGGUGUACAGAAAGGGGUCUAUAUCUGUGUUUGAAGUCGAUGGUAAAAAGAAUAAGAUCUACUGCCAGAACCUUUGUUUACUUGCCAAGCUCUUUUUGGACCAUAAAACCUUGUACUAUGACGUGGAGCCUUUCCUAUUCUACGUCAUGACUGAGGCCGACAACACUGGCUGCCAUUUAGUGGGAUACUUUUCCAAGGAGAAGAAUUCCUUCCUUAACUACAACGUAUCCUGUAUCCUGACGAUGCCACAAUACAUGAGGCAAGGCUUUGGCAAGAUGCUCAUUGACUUCAGCUACCUGCUGUCCAAAGUGGAGGAGAAGGUGGGCUCACCAGAGAGACCUCUGUCUGACCUGGGCCUCAUCAGUUACCGUAGUUACUGGAAGGAAGUGUUACUGCGAUACAUGUACAAUUUCCAAGGCAAGGAGAUCUCAAUCAAAGAGAUCAGUCAGGAAACGGCUGUGAAUCCGGUGGACAUCGUGAGCACCCUGCAGUCUCUGCAGAUGCUGAAGUAUUGGAAGGGAAAGCACUUGGUGUUGAAACGACAGGACCUGAUCGAUGAGUGGAGAGCAAAGGAGAUCAAGAGAGGCAACAGCAACAAAACCAUCGACCCCAGCUCACUUAAAUGGACCCCUCCUAAAGGCACAUAAGCACUAAGAUCCUCAGGCUACUGAAUGAACUCACCUGCAGCCUCACCAGCCACAAGUAGCCUAGACCUACAAACUGUCAAUAAAGACCAGAGUUCCUUCUUUCUUUACUGUUUUUAGCCUGCUUUUUUUUUUUUUUUUUACUUUUUAUAUUUUACCUUUGUUUGUAUUUUAAACACCAUACGUUCCAAUUCCGAUGACUUUUGAUUUAAACAAUGUCAGACAGUAGAGAAUUCAUUCAUCCUGUAUGUUUUUAAACCGCCUGCGUCUAUUAAGCUUUGAAUGUUAAAUGAUAAAUGGUCCAGUGUGGUGGAUAAAAUGAAUGUUUUGCUUUGCUCACGCAAAAAAAAAGAGAAUACAUACCUAUAGUUGGCAGCAUUUGCAGGCUGUCAUUUUUUUUUUAUUUCAUUCAAGAAAUGUGCAUUUUGAAGGUGGUAGCUGUUUUUGUUUGGGAUAAACACAAUAAUUAUAAGCAUGAACUGAAACAGUAAGCAGGGUGUGUUUUGAGGAGUGUGAUGUAUGGUAGCGCCUUCUUUGGUUGGUGUAAAAUUGUAUAGAUGAUAUUAAAUUGUAUUUCUUUUCUCUAGCUCCAUCAAUACAGGAUUUGGACCCAUUCCUCUGAUGAACCUGCCAAAAAAAACAAAAAAAAACAGAACAAUAGAUUUUAAAAGUGAUGACAUUACCACUGUAAGAAUGCACACAGAAAUAAAACAACCUCAGGUUUUUAUACUGAUACAAUCAUACCCUGCUUGUGUGGUUUCUCCGAGACAUCGAGGGCAGUGGUUGUUGCAGAUGGAAUCAUUCUGUUUAAAGAUUCUGUAAUGCACAGAACACAUUUUUAAUGGGACUGUCUUUGCUUUGUAUUUUGAAUCCUAGCUGUUAAAUGUGUGUUAGCAAUUUGAUAUUUUUAAUAUCAAUAAAGCUGCCUUGAUAUUUUGAGACAA